UAAACUAAUAACAAAAGCUCAUCUGUCAACAUGGCGGCCAAUUUUUUAAAGGACCACCCCUCUCUUUCUCCACCUUCUCCCAUUUCUUCUUCUGCUUCUCAAAUCACCACCAACCUAACCCUUCCCCCCUCUCUCUCUCUCUCUCUCAAAUAUCUCUCCUUUCUUAUUCUUUUUCAUCAACAUCUCGCCGGCCGGCAACGGCAGUCAAUUACAUAGAUAUAUACGUAGUGAUCGAUCAAUAUAAGUAUUAAUUGUUAUCAGCUUUGGUAAAUAAUGGACGGCAGGUUCAACAACAGAAUAAUCACUGACCAAAAAGAGAACGACAAUACAGAAAGUGGUCCUGAUUCACCUCCUUCUUCUAGCUUGCUUAACGACAUGAAGAUGACUUCCACUUCUUCUUCAUCUCCAAAAAGAAGCAAACGAGCAACGCAAAAAAGGGUUGUCUCAGUUUCACUCAAGGACGUAGAUGGCUCGAGGCUGAAAGGCGAAACCGCACCUCCACCGCCCGAUUCUUGGGCUUGGAGAAAGUACGGCCAGAAACCCAUCAAGGGUUCCCCUUAUCCCAGAGGAUACUACAGAUGUAGUAGUUCAAAGGGAUGUCCGGCAAGAAAACAAGUAGAGAGAAGCCGCGUGGACCCAUCAAUGCUAGUGGUCACCUACUCUUGUGAACACAACCACCCUUGGCCACCACCUUCAAAGACCCACCACCACCACCAUCAUCAUAAUAACACCUCCACCAAAUCCCACGUAGCCAAACCUGAAAUUUCCACACCCUCCCCACCAGAGCAGGAAAAUCCAGAACAAGAAGCCGAACCCGAAGAAAGGUUCACCGAUCUCGGAGACGAGUCACUUGUAACUACAGAUGAGUUUAGCUGGUUUGGAGAAAUGGAAACCACCUCUUCUACUAUCCUCGAAAGCCCCAUUUUUGCGGAUGAGAGGAGCACGGCAGAGGCAGAAGCGUCGAUGUAUUACCCGAUGAGAGAAGAGGAUGAAUCACUGUUUGCCGAUCUGGGAGAGCUGCCUGAGUGUUCGGCGGUGUUCAGGCAACACCGUGGAGUGGGCCCACAAGUCCAGAUCUGCUGACACGUUUGAUUGUCAUGACGCGGGUUAUAAAAUUCAAAGGUGGGCGUAUCGUGCACCACAAGAUAACAAAACAGAAAUUAAUUUUCUUUAGUUUUUUUUUAUUUCUUUUCUCUAAUUUUCUACUUCUAUGGUUUUACUUAUUUGUUUUAUUUAAGUUAUGAUUUUUGCCUUGAUUUCAGUGUAGUAAAUUAAGUGAAAUAAAAAGUCCAAUUCUGAAGUC